CAUUUCACUUUCCACGUGCCUUCAAAUUACAUUUAUAUGCUCCCAGCUGUCAUAGACCCUUCAGCAUUGCAGCGUUUCAGUGAUCGGGUUGUUGAGGGCCUGGCUGCUGUUUUUUUGGCAUUAAAACGGAGACCUGUAAUUAGAUAUCAAAGAACAUCCGACAUUGCAAAAAGAAUAGCACAGGAGGCAGCUAAACUGAUGUACCAAGAGGAAAGUGGUCUUUUCGAUUUUAGGCGAAUGGAAGUUUCUCCAUUGUUGUUGGUAAUUGACAGGAGGGAUGACCCUGUAACCCCGUUGCUAAAUCAAUGGACCUAUCAGGCUAUGGUUCAUGAAUUGAUAGGAAUCCAGGAUAACAAAGUGGACGUCAAAUCCAUUGGUAAAUUUCCGAAGGAUCAGGAGGAGGUUGUGCUGUCAUCAGAACAAGAUUCCUUUUUCAAAGCAAACAUGUAUGAGAAUUUUGGAGACAUUGGUAUGAAUAUCAAGCGAUUGGUUGAUGAGUUUCAACAAGUGGCAAAGAGCAAUCAGAACAUCCAAACAGUAGAGGACAUGGCCAAAUUUGUUGAUAACUACCCUGAGUACAGAAAAAUGCAUGGGAAUGUGACAAAACAUGUGACUCUGGUAACAGAAAUGAGCAAGAUAGUUGAAGAGCGAAAACUUAUGUUAGUUUCACAAACAGAACAGGAGUUGGCUUGCAAUGGAGGGCAAGGAGCUGCUUUUGAGGCAGUGACAAAUCUACUAAAUAAUGAAAGCAUAUCAGAUUUAGAUCGACUACGUUUGGUCAUGCUAUAUGCUUUGCGAUAUGAGAAGGACAGCCCUGUUCAAUUAAUGCAGCUUUUCAACAAACUGUCUUCCAGAUCUGCCAAAUACAAACCUGGGCUUGUCCAGUUUCUUUUGAAGCAAGCAGGUGUUGACAAGAGAACUGCUGAUCUUUACGGAAAUCGAGAUCUAAUGAAUAUUGCCCGUAACAUGGCACGUGGACUUAAGGGUGUUGAGAAUGUUUACACCCAGCAUCAGCCACUUCUGUUCCAAAUAAUGGAAAGCAUUGUCAAAGGGCGGUUGAGAGAUGUAGACUACCCAUUUUUUGGGAAUCACUUCCAACAAGGAAGGCCUCAGGAUGUAAUUAUCUUCAUUGUUGGUGGGACAACAUAUGAGGAGUCACGGUCUGUUGCUCUGCAAAAUGCCAGCAAUACAGGUGUUCGGUUUAUACUUGGCGGCUCUUCUGUUCUUAAUUCUAAAAGGUUUUUCAGGGACUUGGAAGAAGCUCAAAGGGUAGCUCGUUCUAGCACCUCUGUUGUUUGAACUUUGAACUAUAUCCUGGCAUAUUUUACAUCUUAAGGACCACAUAGAUAUAGUUUUUACAGCUUGAGGCUGCGAAUUUUAGUUUUUGGCCAAUGUAUAUGUAUAAAGAAAAAGUUGCUAAAGGAGCAUGAUGUUGGAAUAUAGACUCGGUAGUCAAUCCAUUCUUGAUCUAGAAGACAAUCACCAACCAUUGAUCAACUUAGGUGCUAUCGUCACCAUGCAGUUGAGUACGAUUUGAGAUUGAAGUAUGAGAAUUUCAAGAGUAAACUGCCUAUGACUAUCCCUCUCGUUCGCAGGAAAAAAACUCAAAGUAUAUCAGUACAAUGAAAGAAACCUUUUGAUUUGCUUAAUUUUCCAUCAUCAUUUGGCUGAUCUAGCGUUAGGUUUUAUUGGCACUUACUGGUGAAAGAACAAUUUUGUAUAAAAUGUCCCAUUCUUUUGUAUACUAAAUGACAUUCCGUUUGUAGAUUCACUGCUUCAUAAUUUCCAAGUUCAGAUCAUAAUCUGAAAUUUGAUUGAUGUUAUUUUAUGUAAUGUACACGAUUAUGGCAUUGUGUCUGAUGGAGAAUGUCUUGUAAAGAUGAGAACUAAUUUUUGAUAUCUCUGCUGAUUUAUUUUCUUUC